AUGACUAGAAGACGAGGGAAAAAGAAUAAGAAAACAGUUCAAGUGAUGGAACCUGUCGAAUCGAAAUCUCCUCCUAGCCAACACCAUGCAGAUGAAGUAGAUGAUGAUCUCGAAAAAGCAAAAAAGGAAUUGGAAGAUGUUCAGAAAGAAUUGACGGCAGAGCGGGAGAAUCACGAAAAGUUGAUUAAAUAUAACGAUGAUUAG